AUGGAUUCCUUCCACGACGAGGACAACAAUCCGUUCGCAGGCAGUGAUCAUUUGUUUGCCAGUGGGAUUCAUCAUGAACGAGAUGCUUCUUUGCCUCCAGAAUUACAAUCGUCUUCUUUGAUAUUUGGUGAUGAUCAGGGGUUUAAUGCUGAAGAAAAUGGGUUCAGGGAGGAACAGGUGGGUGAGAUCCAGGGAGAACAGGGAGAACGUGUGAGGAGCUCUUCAUUACAAUAUUCUAUCAAUGAACAAGAUCCUGUUGAGCAGAAUGAAGGUGAUGUUGAUAACGGUGAAGGUGAAGUUGAUAAUGAUAUAAGUGAAGAGUCUGACGAUCAAGUACCAGGUUAUUAUAGAUCACAAUUUGAUAGUGAUGAAGAAGAUCAAGAAGGAAUCAAUAAUCAAGCUGGUGAAUUCAUUACAAUCACGGAUGCUGGUCAUAUACGUGAUAUGAAAGGUAAUAAAGUUAUUGCAUAUACAAUUAAUUAUAAUAAUGAAUUGGAAGUAAGGAGAAGAUAUUCGGAAUUUGAUAGUUUAAGAGCUUCAUUAGUGAAAUUGUUUCCUACAAUUGUGAUACCUCCAAUCCCUGCAAAGCAUUCUGUUGUUAAAUAUUUCUUGAACCCAAUAAAUGCUAAAAAUGAUUUGAAAAUUAUUGAAAAAAGGAAAAGGAUGUUGACACAUUUCCUUAAUGGAUGUUUGAAAAUCCAAGAGAUUAAAAAUUCAAUAGUUUGGAUUAAAUUCUUGGAUCCUAAAAUUUCAUGGAUUGAAGUUUUAAAUUCUCCACCAGUUUCAAUAAUUCCAACUUCAAAUCUUUUAGCUCCACCAUUAGCACCUUCAAAACCAAGUCCAUUACAUUUAUUAUUACCAAUUCCACAAUCAGGUACUAUAAAUCAUUUUAAACCAAGAGAUGAAGAUUUAGAAAAUUAUCAAAAUUUUAAAGAAUAUGAACAUUUAUUUAAACUUUAUAAAUCUUCAACUUUACCAUUAUCACAAAUUGUUAAAAAGCAAAAACGUCAUUUUAAAGGACUUGUUAAAGAUCUGGGUGAAUUAGGUGCUUAUUAUAAUGCUUUCAGUUUAGAAGAUAAUCAUGAUUUAUCUCAAGGGAUUGAAGUUACAGGUAGAGCAAUUGAUAUGAAUUUUAUAAAUUCUGAAGCAUUUGCAUUUAAAAUCUUAACAUCUUUAGAAGAACCAAUAUUAGAAAUUAAUCAAUUUGCAAAUGAAACUCUUAAUGUUUUAAAUUUUAGAAAAUUAAAAGAAGUUCAAUUAUUUAUUAUUGAUACUACAAUAAAGAGAAGAAAACAACGAAUUGAUAUUUUACAAAAUGCUCAAGAACAAGCAAAUAGAUUAGAAGAAGUUUUGAAAAAAAAUGCAGAACAAUCACCAACUAUUGCAGCUGCAAUUAAAAGAUUAGAAGAAGGUGAAUCAAUAAAUAAAAUUUCUCCAUGGACGAGAAUCUUCUCGGGGAAGACAAAUAAAAAUGAUGUUUCAAUGAUGAAUGAAUCACAAAGAAAUUUAGAAAUUGAAAAAAUUCAAUCUGAAAUUUUAAAAUUAAAUGAAUGUUUAAAAAUUGUGGUUAAAGAUCUUUAUCAAGUUAAUAAUGCAAUUGAAAAAAGUACAAAUUCAGUUUUAACUUAUUAUAAUUCUAAAUGGAAAGAAAUUAUGAUUGAAUAUACUGAAAGUUUAUUAAUUUGGUUACAAGAUAAUUUAAAAGCUUGGGAAGAUGCAAAACAAGAAAUUGAAAAAAUUGAAUUAACCCCACCAAAAUUUAAUAAUGAUGAUAGAGUUCCACCGCAUUUAAAUCGUUAA